UUGCGCAAGACGAGUGGAUGUGUUGACUUUCCAUGAAUCAUAUAAUUAGUUAGUGGUGUGUUGUAUAUCUCAAAAGUGUUUGAAAUUGCACUGUCCACGUUUUCUGUUGUCUUUAAUCGAGUGUAGAAGACUGGUGACAACUCUCCACGCCAAUCAUGACUGAUGUACCGCCAUCACCAGGCGAAGAUAAUCGGUUUUACUGAAGGGCAGCGGCCAUGGGGGGCUGCCUGUGCGCCUGUCUGGCGGCGCCGGCCGACGAGGACGGCUCGCGGGGCCGCCUGGAGGGCAACGGCGCCGCGCAUGACGGCGGCGACCGCCACUACCUCGACUGCGACAUCUUCGUGCGCUCGCCGGCGCUGGUCGACAAGCUGGUCCUCGAGACACUGGAGAACGUCCGCACCCUGGUGGAUAUCGACCAAGACCCGCCGCGCUCCAUGAUCGCGCUGCACAUGAUCGCCGACAAGGAGGACGGCUGGCUGACCGUGGUGCUCUCCAUGGUGAACGUCAUUCCGCUGUCGGACCCGCUCGGGCCAGCCGUCAUCCUGCUGCUGCUGGACGACUGCCCGCUGCCCACCAAGGACCUGGUGGUGCGGCUGGCGGCCCAGCUCAAGCUGUCCGCCCAGUACGUGGAGGACAACAAGAAGAAGCCGGUGCUGCUGCGCAACGUGUGCGUGGUGUUCGGCUGCCUGGCGGAGAAGAUGGCCGGCCCCAACUCCAUGGUACUGCUCACCGACGACACGCUCGCCUUCCUGCUCGACAUCCUGAGGCUGGAGCACUCGCCCACUGUCAUCCUGUUCUCGCUGAUCGCGCUGGAGAAGUUCGCCCAGACCAGCGAGAACAAGCUGACGAUCAAGCAGCGCGUGGCGGCGCUCGAACCCAACCCGCUGCUGCGGCUCGAGGCCUGGGUCACGCACGCCGACUACGAGUACCAGCAGGUCGGCUUCUGCGCCCAGUGGUGCCUCGACAACCUCUUCGUCGUCGAGGGCCGCCCGUUCACCUACGAAGGCCAGGACUUCACCAACCUGAAUGUCAUGCUCAACAGCAACGACACGUCCGAGUACCUGAAGAUAUCGCCGGACGGUCUACAGGCGCGCUGUGACGCCUCGUCGUUCGAGAGCGUGCGCUGUACGUUCCCGGUGAGCGAGGGCUGCUGGUACUACGAGGUCACGGUGGUCACCAGCGGCGUGAUGCAGAUCGGCUGGGCCACCAAGAACAGCCGCUUCCUCAACUACGAGGGCUACGGCAUCGGCGACGACGACAACAGCCUGGCGUACGACGGCUGCCGCCAGCUGCUGUGGCACAACGCGCAGGCGCGCAGCCACACGAUCCGCUGCUGGCGGCCCGGUGACGUGCUGGGCGCGCUGCUCGACGUGGACGGCGCCCGCUGCGUCUUCUCGCUCAACGGCGACCCGCUGCCGCCCAUCAAGGACCUCUUCAGUAGCGUGACGACGGGCUUCUUCGCGGCGGCCAGCUUCAUGUCGUUCCAGCAGUGCCGCUUCAAUUUCGGCCGCGACCCGUUCGUCCACCCGCCGACCGACACGGCCUUCCGCACGUUCAACGAGUUCGGCUCGCUGUCGGAGGAGGAACGGAUCGUGCUGCCGCGGCAGAUCCGGCUCAACAAGCUGCGGCAGAUGAGCGUCAAGGAGGACGCAUGCACGCUGUGCUUCGACAAUCCAGCCAGCAUAUCGCUGAAGCCGUGCGGUCACAGGGGCUUCUGCGCGAUAUGCGCCGUCCAGCUGGAGCAGUGCCCGAUGUGCCGGACCGAGAUCGCCGCCACGGUCACCGAGGAGGACGAGCAGUUGUGACAAAAGAUCACCGGCGCGAACGCCACUCUAGGCGUGGUGUGUCUGCUGCUGCUGCGGCGGUUCCGGUCGUGACGUGUUCGGAGCCGACCUGACCCGGCCGGCAGCGAGCCGAGCGGCGGCCGGUGCCGGGCGCGCCCCACCUGACCAGAGUGC